AUGAGAAGGAAGAUCCAUGAACCCAGUGCAGUUCGCUCCUCCAUUGUUCUGCUACAAGAGAGAUUCAGACAGUUGCAGAAAGUGAAAGAAAUGAGGAAGAAGAGAGAGUUGCUGAAAAUGUUCACUGUAGAGCCUAAACACUUCAAUUCCAACCCCACCACGAGACAGUUUUUCCACCCUGAACUGAUGAACCCGUCAGGGUCACUUUCUCUAUGGCCAUCUUCACAGUGCAUGGUAGAGUACAACAAAAGCACUAUUGAGAACCCAGUCUCCAUGGAUUCUACACAUACACAGUCCCUUCAGCCUUCAUGUAAGAACCUCUAUGAUUGGGAUUCGGGCUCUGACUCUGGUGUUGAUACCUCUCUUCACCUGUAA